UGAAGCUUUGACUACAUUGGAGAUGGGUAUAUGGGAUUAUAAGAUAUGCACCAAGGGAGGCAUUGCUAGGACUCUCAACGGCACGGCGGAGCAUCCAUCCUACUUCAAGUGGGUGCUUUUCCAUCUGGUGAUAAGCCGAUGGCGCGUGGCCAAUGGGAGGCCAUCAAGAAGGCGAGAAGAUUAACGACAAGGCAGACCAAAGUGCUGGAAAUUGUCCUCGUGGCACCCACACUGAGCGAAGGCUGCGGAGCGAUCUUGUUCGAGAAGACGUGGCUGAGGCACAGCACCUAAACAUGACGCUGAGACAGACAAGAGGGACGCUGAUUGGGACAAGAAAGCUGAAACACUUGAUAAGGGAGUGUAAGAAGGGGCAGGAGACGGGACGUGGGGUCCUCAGACACGCAGGAGGCCUUUGAGGAGGUCCAUGCCGUGCAUGCCGAGUAUUGCGUCUGAGCUUCUAGAAGGCAGUGCCCCUGAUAGCGAAUGGACGCGGCGCUGUCGAGCUGGAAUUUGGGGCGCCUGGGCGCCAAUUGCAUUCUGUUCACACCAUGGUCAGUGACGCAGGAGUCGUCGAAGGCUUCUCCGGCAGCAACCAGCUGGCACAGAGAGCAAGCCCACCCUCGGCCAUCUUCAGAAGCGUGGGACGUCGCAAGUGGAGAGCAAACAUGUGGAAGAAGCGGAGAGGAGGCUAAGGACGGGCGGGAGAAGGAUGACCAUCGUCCCGCCCCGAGAGCUUGGCGACGGAGAGCACGGACGAACUGCGGGGCGCGGUUCAGGCAGCACUCCAGCUCCAUCGUCUCCAGCUGCGUCUUACCUCCACCUCCGAACCUCUCUUCUUCAUCCAUCACGCUCGUGGAGCAGAUUCUCCCAGGGCUGUCAUCUCUCCUUCCUGUUUCCACUCCCAUCUCCGCCUCUCCGAAGAAUCGCAUCAUCCCGUGUCUUACUGUCGGCAUGUCCUCUGCGGAGAGCAUGGCGUCCGCCUGCAAGGCUGAUACAGUGGCUGCAGCUCCCAGCCCCAACCUCCUCCACCAACACGCCCCGCUCGGCUCUGCCGCUCCAGAAUCUCCUUUAUCUUUGCCAGAAGCACGGAUCGUGGCCAGGACAAGCGCCAUGGACGCGGGUCAAUCCCAAACCACUUCCUUCUCCACCGAGCAGGACGGAGACCUCCACACUCAGCCACUGGCUCCGAGCAACCAGGCCUUCAGUCUGGAGAACAGCUCGAGGCUGAUACAGGAGGCACACCUGUCAUAUGUAGACUCCCACAAGAGAGACGCUGAAGAGUUGGAUCGCGUCGUCCGGAGAGCACACGUAUUGCGACAAAACAAGGGGGGCUGCAGAAAGUGGGAGGACAGUAAGCUGCAAGAGGAGGCCACAGAGGAGCUCGUGGAAGAUGAACUGAGCAAGUACGUGGGCAAAGAAGCCGAAGCUAGGUGGCGUUGCAAGAUGCCGGAAUGCACCAAAUUAUUCAAAGCCCAGAAUUUCUGGAGGAAGCACGUCCAGACUAGACACCCGCACUGGCGCGAGAGUCUUCAGGCUGAAGCGCUCUCCGAAAAGCCAGAGACGCUCGUCGUCGAGUCAACACCUCCGCCACAAUAUGACGAGGCUGACAUCGCAAAUGAACGUUCCUCGCAGGGCCGAGCCUCGACGUCAUUCUUGUCCCUCCCGCCAUCCAUCCGGAUACGGAUCUACAGCUACGUCUUGACCGAUGCAGACUCAAAAUCUACCCUUGUUGGCAUAAAGCGGCAACUUCAGCUGCCCUGCUACAAGCUGACUCGUCCUCUCGAUCCAACGCUCACUUACAGCCUAGCCCCUCAACCGAAGUCAUCCUUUACGACUUCUAUCCUCCGUACUAACAAGCAGAUUUAUGCCGAGGCUCUUGCCAUCCUCUACUUCGACAAGAUCUUCUGCCUGCACGACGUUGAAGGCUUACUUCUGCUGUUCCUUGAGCAGCUUUCCGAACGAUCCCGCAGCUGCAUUCGAACCAUUCGUCUACCAGCUGUGCCACUAGAGUCUGCGGCGUUGAACAAGCGCAAGGCACGAGCGUUCCACUGGGCGAUAACAUGUGCCCAGAUAGCCAAGCUCAAUGACACACUUCAAGCAUUGGAAAUCUCCGGCCAAGAAAUCUUGGACCCAGGAGCGUCGAAACAGCUGUUACACCCUCUCUGCAAGGUCAAGGCAACAAAGCGGUUGGUCCACUCAGAUGGUGUUUCGCCUGAAGCUGCCAAGGAUGAAGACCUACUGUUCAACGACAUGUUGCAAGAUGCAGCAGCCUUUCUCAAAUCCAAUGCAAAGGUCCGCGAGGAAAGGACGAAAGCUGAAGCCAAAGAGAGGGCUGACAGAAUUGCUCGAGAAAAAGAAGAGCUGGAGCUCAGGCGAGCUGCGUGGGCCGCACAGCUUGCGCGGAAAGAGAAGGCUGAACAAUUGAUGAAUGAAAAGCGCAUUGCUGAACUCAAGGAACGACUAGAGAGGGAAGAGCGUGAGGUGACGGCACUGAAAGAAAAGGCAGCUGCCGAAAUAUACGAAGGCAAUUCCUCGAUAGUGCCACACGGGACGGAUUGGCCUGAGGAACGCGAAAUGAGAAACGAACAGCUUGCGGCACGGCUUAAAACACAGAUGGAUAAGCUGGAUGCUGAGUCGUCUGGAGAAAUCAAUGCGAUUGCUUCCAGAAUUCACGAACUCGAGCGCCCAAGUAUGUCGCAAUGGAUGGACUGGCCGAAGGCAGCUACUGGUGAUAUCGACCAAGACCUUACGAAGGUGAAGGGCCUUGACCAAUUCACAAAGGAGCUAGCUGCACUCGAGGAGCUAGAGGGAGAGGAGUACGAAAUUGUCCGUCGCUCUUCAGAUUUGGCAAUCGAUGAUGAUGAUGCCCUUGCAGAUUGGGACGUGGUGAGUGUACAGGGCGGAUCAUCUCCUACGAAAGAGGAUGGCCAUGACCGCGAUGACGAAUGGGAAGACGCGGCUUCGACGCUUGUUGGCAACGAUCGCGACGACGCAGACGAAAGCACGACAAGAAGGUACAGCUUCACGAGGGAGUGGAGUAGGAACAUCUUGGGCGUUCCUCUGGGGUAUUCCAUCCGAUAUAGCUCGGAAGUCAGGCCAUGCUCUUGUUCUACUGAGAAGGAGUAAGAUAAGCUGCGGUCGUAUGCGACACUGGCAGUUUUCCUAUCAUAAACUCGCCCGUCGAUAGCAGUUAGGGUGAGAUGAAGCAAGUCGAGUCGAGCACAAUGUCCUUUUAGACCAUCAUUGAAGCUAUUCCCGAGGCGCCUAACCCUUGACUAGAGUCAGUAUAACGGCGUCUUUUGAGCUGUGAGGUCCGUUCAAUGCAAUGGCAGACUCUUUGCUGUAUCUCAGGACUCUUUAACUCCUCCUUUCACCUCGCUAACUUCUUGAUGGUUCGUUGAGUCAUCGUCUUUCACAGAAGAAGAUCCAUGCCGAGCAGAUUGAGAUCGAGAUCCAGGCUGCGCUAUUCGCAAUCGUGAAAAUGAAUAAACCCUUAGGGCCCCUCAUCUCCUCUAUUAGCCCCCUUAGGUUAGCAUCACGA